GCGAAGUUACUGGUCAAGAUACUAUGUCGAAUGCGACACUGCUAAAUUAUUCCAAAAUGCAUUUGAAACUCCAUUGGCGUUAUCUGUUCACCUGAGGGAGACAAUGAUAGGAUUCCAUCUUGACCGAAUUCACAUGGUGUUUUUACCUUUAAGCUCAUACAGUUUCUGGUACACGGUUGUUGCUAACUUUAGGAAGAAAUUGUUCGAAGUCCUCUGCCCAAACAACAGAAUCGACUUGAUUGCUGACGAAGCUCAGCUUGUAAUCAAGAAUUUCAAAGCGGCUUUCAAGCUGGCAUACAAGAGAUCACAACUAAAUGUGACUGACAUGGGUGUGUCUUUCCGGAGUGUGUGCUCUUCAACUAAAGAGGCAGAUAGUGGGAUCUUCACAAUGAAGUUGGUACAAGGACAUGAUGGAGACAACACUUUGUGUUUCGAACCCGAGCAUGCAAAGAGCCUGCGCGAGAGUCUAACUUACUACAUGGUUGCUCACCCUUGCAAUGAAAAACUGAUGCCAGAAACCAAAGAAAUCUUAAGAAAAUAU